CCAAAGCAGAAAAUUAUGGCAGCCUUAUCAUUAUAUCUGCUGCUUACUUGGAUGUUCCUAUUUUCUCUCUUUCGAACUAGGUUUGCUGAGGUACUAUGUCAUGCGGAUGAGAGCUCUGCCUUAAUGGAAUUCAAUAGAAGUUUCAGAACCGACACAACAGAUUGGCGAUGCGUUUAUCCAAAGGUCCAUUCCUGGUCACUAGAUGGAAGCGGAGAUUGUUGUUCGUGGGAUGGCGUCGAAUGUGAUGAGGUCACUGGCCGAGUGAUCGCCCUCGACCUCAGUAGCAGUUGUCUCUCGGGCACCAUGAGGCCCAACACCACUCUCUUUCGACUCGUUCACGUGGAGUCGCUCAAUCUUGCUUUCAACAGCUUCAACUUCUCCCCAAUCCCGUACGGCUUCAGCAAUCUUUCAAGGUUACAAUACCUUAAUCUCUCCAUCUCAGACUUUUGUAGUGAAAUCCCUCGCGAUAUCUCGCAGCUCUCUGGGUUAGUUUCUCUCGAUUUGACCGCUUCUUGUGAGACACUUCAUUUGCCCAACAUGGGCGACCUUGUCCAUAAUUUGACUGGGCUAAAAGAACUUUUUCUUUCUUCAGUAAGCUUGUCAUCCCCUUUCCCUCCUGUGCUAGCGAAUUUCUCUUCCUUGACAUCGCUUGGGCUUGCAUCUUGUGGAUUGAAUGGAGACUUUCCGGUCAACAUUUUUCAGCUGCCAAACUUGGAAAUCCUUGACAUUCAUGGCAAUUCCAACCUUUCUGGUUUUCUUCCCAAACUGCAUUGGGGUUCUCCAUUGAAAUCCAUAUACCUUUCCAAUACCAAUUUCUCGGGAGAAAUACCCGCUUCGAUCGGAAAUCUUAGUCUCUUGACUAAGUUAGAUGCUAGUGAGUGCUAUUUUUCGGGAUCACUUCCCUCUUCAUUGGGUAAUCUUUCUCAUCUCACUGCACUAGUCCUUCACAGAAAUACCUUGCAAGGUCAAAUCCCAGUUUCCUUUGCUGAUCUUACCCAGCUAUCGGUGCUAGCGCUCUCUUCCAAUAACUUGAGUGGUGAUACAUUGGAGUGGGUGGUCAACUUGACAACACUUACCUUCUUGGACAUUUCAGGUAAUAGUUUCUUCCUCUCUGCCGGUUCGGUCAGAUCUCUUUCCUUCUCUCUCUGCAACUUCAUGGAACCACCGACCUCUCGAGCUCCACGCCGCUCGCUCCCUCCCCGACCACCACCAAGACCCUCGUCGCGACGGCCACAAGCUAAACCAGAAACAGGGACUUCCUCCUCCACCUCAAGGCCUACCUCGCCAAGCGAGAUGCCACGAAGAUCAUCCUCUCCUCCUCCCUCCUGCCCGAAACCCUACCCCCUCCAUCAAUGGCCGCCACUCGCGUGUUCUGUCGAAGAUCAGCGCGUGGGCAGAGUUCAUCGGGUACAUCGGGAGCGUGAAUCUGAAAAUUAG